AUGCAGAUAGAGUAUCUUUCAAUGUGGACACUGGAUGAGAGAACAGAAAGGGACACCAUUGCCAUAGAUGAGCCUGACAGCAACCCAAGGGAAAACACCAGGAAAGAAGACAGUGGCAGUCUGGUGGCUGAGACCAAUGAACAGCUAGAGGAAAUGGUUGGAUCUCUUCCCAAUGAGGACACAGUAGAGGCACUGGAACAUCAGAAUGUUAAUUUGCAGUCUUUACUUGAUCUUAUGCAGAAUGAACUGCUCAAUGCUAGUAAUUGGUUUGCCAGAAUCUACUUACAGCCUGAUUACAAUAGAAUAGGCAGAAUCUAUAAGAAAGCUGUUUACCUACAAUACACAAAUGACUUGUACACAGAAGAAAUCAAGAAGCCAAUGUGGCUGGGAUUUUUGGGUCCUAUUAUUACAGCAAAUAUUGGUGACACUAUAGUCGUUCAUCUUAAAAAUUUUGCAUCCAUACCAUACACCAUACAUCCACAUGGAGUGAGAUACACAAAGGCAAAUGAAGGAGCAUUAUAUCCAGAUUACAUCGUACAUGACCAGGAAAAAGGUGAUUAUGUCAAGCCUGGUGAGUCGUACACUUACUUAUGGAAUGUUGUUGAAGACGAAGGGCCAACAAAAUGGGUUGAUGACUGUGUGGUCAGGAUUUAUCACUCUCACAUUGAUGAGGCAAGGGAUGUCUAUUCUGGACUUAUUGGAGGCAUGAUUAUCUGUAAGAAAGGUGAGAAAUCCAUUCACAGUGAUAAAAGUGGAGAAUAUAAGGAAUUCAUGCUGAUGUUCUCUGUAGUAAACGAAAACCUGAGUUGGUAUCUGAAUGACAAUAUCAAUACUUAUUGCACUGACCCUGCUUCUGUGAAUAUAGAAGAUGAGGACUUUCAGGAGAGCAACCAAAUGCACUCUAUCAAUGGAUACAUGUAUGGGAACCUGCCAGGUCUCUCCAUGUGUGAUAACACGAAGAUAAAGUGGUAUCUAUUCGGCAUGGGGAAUGAAGUGGAUAUACAUUCAGCAUAUUUCCACGGUCAGGUGUUAAUACAUCAGCGUUUUCAUGUGGACACUCUUAGUCUCUUCCCGGCAACAAUGAUUGAAGGGGAAAUGAAUACCAAGAACCCUGGGAAAUGGCUCCUCAGCUGUCAGGUUAAUGACCACUUACAAGGUGGCAUGCAAGCAAUCUAUGAAGUAAGGAGCUGUACAGGCAAAUCAGAAAGUCACCACAGGAAUUGGGAAGUUGUAAGACGUUAUUACAUUGCUGCAGAGGAAAUCAUCUGGAACUAUGGUCCAACAUCUAUCAAUAAAUUCACUGGACAGAGAUUAGAUUAUCCAAACAGUGAAUCUGCAAAAUAUUUUGAGCGAAAUAAGGCGAGAAUUGGAGGGCACUAUAAGAAAGCAGUUUAUGUAGAAUACACAGAUUCAUCUUUCACUAAGCUGAAAAGAAGAUCCAACAAAGAAGCAUAUCUUGGAAUCCUGGGACCAGUCAUAAUGGCGGAGAUGGGAGAUAUAAUCAAGGUUACAUUUAAGAACAAGGCAAGUCGUCCAUACAGUAUUCAGGCCCAUGGUGUAACUUACACAAAAGACAUGGAAGGUGCUGCUUACAAAACAGAUAUUCAUACCAAAAAGAAACGAAGUAUAUAUUCCCAGGCUUCUCACGUGGUCCCAGGAGAUACAUUUACAUACGAGUGGGAGGUUCCAAGCUACGCUAGCUCUGCUGUUCAUGAUCUGAACUGCUCGCCAUGGCUAUACUACUCAUCAGUUGAUGCAGUCAAAGAUACAUAUUCUGGACUUGUGGGUCCUUUAUUAGUGUGUAAGAACUCAACUUCGAACUCAGAGAGAGAAGCAUUUCAGAAUUUCUUCUUGAUGCCUGCUGUAUUUGAUGAAAAUAAGAGCUGGUAUCUGGAUGAGAACAUUGAGCUAUUUACAAGUAGUCCCAACAUUGUAAACAAGUCAGAUCCAGGUUUCCAGGAGUCCAAUAUGAUGCACUCUAUCAAUGGCUACAUGUAUGGCAAUCAGCCUGGGCUGGACAUGUGUACAGGAGAUAUAAUCCGCUGGUCUAUGCUUGGGCUUGGCACAGAGGUUGACAUGCAUGGAAUCCACUUCUCAGGCAACACCAUACAAGUCCAUGAUGUAACAAGGGAUGUGGCAAGCGUAUUUCCACACAUCUCAUAUGCAGUAAUAAUGAAUCCUGACAAUGAAGGUGUUUUCAAUGUGGAGUGCAUGACUACAGAUCAUUACGUAGGAGGAAUGAGGCAGCAGUACAGAGUUAAGGCUUGUGCUAAACAGAAGUUGGAGCAUUUUCCUAUGCGCACCUAUUACAUUGCCGCUGAAGAAGUAGUAUGGGACUACUCUCCAUCCCGCACCUGGGAAUAUGAGAUGGAGUUACACCACGCUGAGAGGUAUGGAGAUAUAUAUUUAAACAAAACCCGAACAACAAUUGGUCCAAAAUAUAAAAAAGUCAUAUACCGGGAAUAUACAGACUAUACCUUUACCGUUUCCAAGGAAAGAAAAGCAGAUCAAAAACAUUUGGGUAUUUUAGGUCCAAUCAUAAUGGCAAAUACGGGUGAUAGCAUUAAAAUAAUAUUUCAGAACAUGGCAAGCAGACCAUACUCAAUCUAUGCCCACGGUAUUCUGCCAAAACAGAAUGAAAUAAAGGCCACUCAACCUGGACAUAGAGAAAUGUACAUAUGGAAAGUUCCCCAACGAUCCGGACCUAAUAGCCAUGAAGGAGAUUGUUUGACUUGGGCUUAUUACUCCACAGUUGACCAUAUUAAGGACACGUACAGUGGAUUGAUUGGGCCCCUUGUAGUCUGCAAGAAACAAAUCCAGUUACAGAAAAAAUUGUUCUCUCGCUUCACUCUUCUUUUUAUGAUUUUUGAUGAGAAUCAAUCCUGGUAUCUAGAUGAUAAUAUCAAGACAUACUCCAGAUAUCCAGUUGAGGUGAAGAAAGAAGAUGAGGAUUUUAUUGAAAGCAAUUUGAAACACAGUAUAAAUGGAAGAAUGUAUGCCAAUUUACCUGGCCUUACUAUGCACAUCGGAGAUCAUGUAAUGUGGCAUCUCAUUGGCUUAGGGAAUGAAGUGGACAUACACACAGCGCAUUUCCAUGCACACAGUUUUAAAUAUAAGGCUGGACCUGUUUAUCAGACAGAUGUAUUUGAACUUUUCCCUGGGACUUUUCAAACUGUAGAGUUCAUUGCAAGGAACCCAGGACAAUGGUUAAUACAUUGCCAUGUGGCUGAUCACAUGUAUGGCGGAAUGCAAGCUUUAUAUACAGUACUGAAAUAGAAAUCCUUCUUUUGGCAUCUUGUUGGAGAAUAGAAAAUGACUGGAAACACCACUGGAGUACAUUGUGCAAUUUAAUGAUAUAUAGCAGUGGAGAAAUGUAUUUGCCAAAUGUAAAACAUACAAAUCAUUAAUCUAUUUAUAAUCAAUAAUUAUGGCCCACACAACGGUAGAUAAGUAUACUGUGUAUGUUACUUGUAUGUGCAGUUGAAUAACUAUCAUAACACUUUUCUACUGAAUAAUAAUAAAUUCUAAUGCUGUUUGUUGGGGUGAUUCACCCACUUUCUAAUAACAUUUUUCCGUCUGACUUCAUCAUCAACAUUUAAGCAAGAUGGAGUUUUAUUGCUAAAUUGUGGAAUUGGGUAUAAAUGUGUCUCCAUAAUGUAGAGCUCAAC